UUGCGAUUCGCGAGUUUGUUUUAUAAAUAUUAACAAAAUACAAAACAAACCUGCACGAAGAUUCGCUUAGAACGGCAUUGGAAACAUGGCUCGACCAAUUUCGUUUGUUACUGGAAAUGCUAAGAAGCUGGAAGAAGUGAGAUCUAUUUUGGGUAGUAAAUUUUGUCGAGAAAUCGUUGCAGUGAAGUUGGAUUUGCCGGAACUGCAGGGAGAAAUAGAUGACAUUUGCCGGAAGAAAUGCUUGGAAGCUGCAAGGCGCGUCAAAGGACCGGUGCUGGUGGAGGACACGAGUUUGUGCUUCAAUGCCCUGAAAGGAUUGCCUGGACCUUACAUCAAGUGGUUCUUGGAUAAAUUAGGACCAGAGGGACUACAUAAGUUAUUGGCCGGCUGGGAGGACAAGUCAGCACAAGCAGUUUGUACUUUCGCUUACGCCCCUGACGAAAACGGAGAAGUUAUACUAUUUCAAGGGCGCACCGAAGGGGAUAUAGUAUUUCCCCGUGGCUGUCGUGAUUUUGGGUGGGAUCCUAUUUUUCAACCAAAAGGCUAUGAACUAACGUAUGCCGAAUUGCCGAAAGAAACGAAAAAUACGAUUUCGCAUAGGUUUCGGGCAUUAGAUAAAGUAAGAGAUUAUUUCGAAUCGCGCACUGACUAGUUUACUGAAUGUGUAUAAUGUUAAACAUAUUUAAUGUGUUAUAAUUGAAAUAUACA